GGGAGUGGUGGAGGUGGCGGCGACGGCGGGUCCGGAACUCCGGACCCGGGAGGGCUCGGGACCCGCCCGGCAGCGAGCGCCAGGUGGUGCUGCCAAUGGGCUGCGAGCUCUCGCAGUCUCGCUCCCGAAGAGAAUUUAAUAACCGAGGGGAGACGGACAGAGGGAGGAGGGGGGAGUUGGAAGGCCAAGAGGCGUCGUGCUCUCCCCAUUCAAGCCAAGCUGUUCUCCCGAUCCAGCGCCGCAACAGCAACGCAAGGGGGCUCGGGCUCGGCGCCAGCCGUCUCUCUUCGCCCGCCCGGCCGCGGACGCGCGCUGUUCCAGCUUCCAAUGCUGGAAAGAUCAUAGGAUUUUGGACAAGCAAGAGCUGACAUGGAACCACCCUCUCAGACUCAGCCCGCAAUUGGUGUUGCUGCCUAUCCGCCUGCAGCAACAAUAGCCACUCCUGCAAUUGAAGCUGCCGGUUUACAACCAGGGCAAGCAUUUGCAGCCAACCCUGCUCAAAUGAGUGCUCAGCACCAGAUUGUAUACCAGCAAGCCCAGCAAUUCCACCAACAGCUCCAGCAGCAGCAGCAGCGUCAGCUCCAGCAGUUCUGGGAUGAGCGCGUGGCUGAUAUUGAGCAAACCACUGACUUCAAGAACCACACCUUGCCACUUGCGAGGAUAAAGAAGAUCAUGAAGGCUGAUGAGGAUGUCCGAAUGAUCUCUGCAGAAGCUCCAGUCGUCUUUGCGAAAGCUUGCGAGAUAUUUAUACUAGAGCUGACACUGAGGUCGUGGAUGCACACUGAGGAGAACAAGCGCCGGACCUUGCAGAAGAAUGACAUUGCAGCAGCCAUCACCAGGACUGACAUUUAUGACUUCUUGGUCGACAUUGUUCCCAGGGAUGAGAUGAAGGAGGAGGGAGUUGGUCUUCCUAGGGCUGGGCUUCCACCCAUGGGAGCCCCAGCUGAUGCACAUCCGUACUAUUUGUGGCAGGAGCCUCAGGAACAGCAGGAGCCACCCCCUGAAGAGCAGCAAUCUCUGCGUGGAAGUGGCUGAGAAUGUUGCAUAGAAGCUAUCACCUGAUUCAUGUUUAGGUCGUUGAAACUUCAGGUUUUCGUUUAGCUAAUAUCGUCGCUUAUCAAAUCGAAACAGGUGAUUCUAAGUAGCGUUCGGCAUCAUGGUUGUUUCAUUCCUGCUGUGGUGUCGGUAGAAAGGAUAAUGAUUAGAGAGUAGAGGAUUAAAGUUACCACACCAUUUCCUUCCGUUCCAAAAGUUUGCCUCCAUGAGGCCUUUGAUAUGAAAUGCUGGGUGUUAAUGCUUCUAUGCUGUGGUUGUGUUGUGUAAGUUCAUGCUGAUCUCUUCAAUUUCAAACUGUUUUUCUUGAUU